AAAGGAGGAGAGCAUAGACAAAACCAACAUAGCAAAACAAGUAACAGUUUUUUAGGAGGAGCAAAAUGGAAACAAUUCCUCUCCUGUCAUUUAAAUUCUUUUGGCUUUUUCCCUUCCCUCUAUUGCUUCUAUUUUCCGCCAUUUUCAGACCUCUUUCUUUCUUCCUUCCUUCCUUCUUCUUGACCCUUAUCUCUCUCUCUCUCUCUCUCUCUCUCUCUCCUCUUCCCGCGUUUCUUUCGGAUUACUCUUCUUAAAUUUCUCUUUCUCUUUCCAAAAGUUACGGUUCUCGUUUUCUUUUCUCUGCUCUUCUUCCUUCAAACAUUUCUCUGCUCGCUUUCGUUAGCUCUUGCUUUUCGCUAUAGCUCUCGGUCGAGCUUUUUGAUUCAGUAUUUUCUUUCCGUUGUAAAUCAAUCCCUUAAUAUUCACUCAAAAUGUUUAUUUAGAAGAAAUUAGGUUUGAAAUCGGUUAAAACAAGAGAGAAAUUCUCCAAAAUGGAGAUGGCGGCACAAAUAAAACGUGGAAUAUCGAGACAAUUUUCGAUAGGAUCAAUUAGAAAAACAGGUACGUUCAGCUUCAAGAGGCAAUCGUCAAUGGAUAAUCAUAGACACACGAGAAGAUUCAGUUUCGGACGACAAUCGUCACUUGAUCCGAUUCGACGAAGCACGUUGAUGGAGGAGCAGUUGACGGUACCGGAGAAUCUGGACUCAACGAUGCAAUUAUUGUUCAUGGCCUGUACAGGGGAUGCGAAAGGAAUUGAAGCUUUGUUGAAUGAAGGAAUUGAUGUUAAUAGCAUUGAUUUAGAUGGAAGAACUGCUUUGCAUAUUGCCGCUUGUGAAGGGAAUGUUGAGGUGGUUAAAUUGUUAUUGAGCCGUAAAGCUAAUAUCGAUGCGCGUGAUCGUUGGGGUAGCACGGCAGCAGCAGAUGCCAAGUACUAUGAAAAUAUGGAAGUUUACAAUAUUUUGAAAGCUCGGGGAGCAAAAGUUCCAAAAACUAGGAAAACUCCAAUGGCAGUUGCAAAUCCCAAAGAAGUUCCAGAAUAUGAACUUAAUCCAUUUGAGCUUCAAGUUCGUAAAUCUGAUGGUAUUACAAAGGGAGUAUAUCAAGUUGCUAAAUGGAAUGGCACCAGGGUUUCUGUAAAAAUACUCGACAAGGAGAGCUAUUCUGAUCCAGAAUGCAUUAAUGCUUUCAAAUAUGAGUUGACAUUGUUGGAGAAGGUGCGCCAUCCUAAUAUUAUUCAGUUCGUUGGAGCUGUUACCCAAAAUAUUCCAAUGAUGAUUGUAGUAGAAUACCAUCAAAAGGGUGAUCUAGCAGGCUAUCUUCAAAAGAAAGGACGAUUAAAACCAUCAAAAUCCUUAAAAUUUGCACUUGACAUGGCAAGGGGCAUCAAUUACCUUCAUGAGUGCAAACCUGAUCCAGUUAUCCAUUGCAAUUUGAUGCCCAAAUAUAUUUUGCUCGAUGGUGGAGGACAACUGAAAGUAGCCGGAUUUGGUUUGUUACGAUUGUCAAAGAUAUCAGCUGAUAAAUUCAAAUUGGCAGAUCCGGGAGCUGGCAAUCGUAACGCAAGUGUAUACACAGCACCCGAGCUCUACAAUGAAGAAAUAUUCGACAAAAAUGUGGAUGCAUUCUCCUUCGCUGUCAUUCUUUAUGAGAUGAUUGAAGGUGUAUAUCCGUUUCACCCAAAGCCAGCAGAAGAAGCCAUUAAGAUCAUGUGUGUAGAGCGUAAAAGACCUGCAUUCAAGAAGUUGAAAAAUUAUCCAUCAGAGUUAAAAGAGUUGAUUGAACUAUGUUGGAGUGGAGAACCUUCUCUUAGACCAAGCUUUGCUGAAAUCAUUUUACGGUUGGACACUGUGGUUGCCCAUGGUUGGAAACAUGGAUGGUGGAAAGAUACUUUCAAGCUUCCUUGGUUGUAGUCAAACUACAAAGGCACACAAAAUGUGAUAUGGAAAUAGAAGGACGAUGUUUUGUGGAAGAUCCAAAUAAUUCAACAAGAACACGUGUGGGAGUUUCGCAUUGUACUAGCCAUGAUAAGUUUUGAUUGAGACUUGUAACUAUACAAAGAGAAUUGAUAUGUGUCCAUAUAACUUUUGCUUCUAUGUUAUGCUUUUCUGUUUUCCAAAAGGGCUGGAACAACUUCUUUCCAUGUAUAGUAUGUGCAAGGAUAGAUAUAUCCAUUGUUUGUGGCUCAAUAAAAAUCGAUGCGGUGUUCCUUAGAAGCAUCCCAUACAUUAUG